UCUUUCCCCUUAAAACAUUGACGCCAAAUUUUAUUUUACAAAAUGUCACCAAUUAUCCAUCCCUCUUAUUUGCCAUUUUUUUCUCUCAUCCAACCCUUAUCUACCUUACAUAAACACCCUUUUUCCUAGUUUUUCUCUUUCCAAAAUCGUAUGAUUUUCAUGUUCCUCCAUUAAAAUUCUUCUUCCAAAUUGUUCUCCAUAACCUUACAAAACAAGAAUGAAAAAUCAUACUCGUUGAUUUUAAAAAACAACUUAAACCUAAUGGAACAUCGACCAAUCGAGGUGAAAUUACUUUGUGCGAAAGAAUUGAAAGACGUAAACCUCUUUUCCAAAAUGAACGUCUACGUUAUCGGUUCAGUUUCUGGAGAUCCGCGAUCUAUACAACGCACCGUAAUCGAUAAAGACGCCGGAACAAAUCCGACAUGGAAUCAUGAGAUGCAAUUUACAUUCGAUGAAUCAGCCGCUCGUAUGAAUCGACUUGGUUUAGUUUUUCAAAUUAUGUCAGAUCGGACUCUAGGAGAUAAGGAAGUGGGUCGGGUUUACGUACCUUUAAAGGAGCUUUUUGAUGUUGUUGGAUCCAAAGAUGGAUCUUCAAAUGAGGUCCUUGACAAAUAUAGACAUGUGGUCUACCAAGUUCAAACCCUAAAUGGUAAAUUUAAGGGUCAAUUGGAGUUUUCCUUUAAAUUUGGGGAGAAGUUUGUUCAAAGAAUUGAACAAAGACUUGAUGAGUCAGUCAUAGCACACCCAUCAAAACGCUCAAAUUUAGAGGUAGGUCCGAGUACCACACCCGAAUAUGGACCUAAAAUGUGUUCGGAUCCAAUUGUAGAUAAUGUGUCAGGGUAUUAAUUUAUUUUUUUAUUCAGGAUAUAUGUUAAGAAGAGAGAAAGUAAAGCUUAUUUGUAGUCGCUAAAAAUUAAAACCACAUCAUAACUAUAAAAGAAAAAACCUUCUAACCACCAUUAGACUAAUUUUUAGUUUUUAUUCAAUUCUAAUCCUUUUUGGAAUAUAUGUAUAUGGUUUGUACUUUGUAGGAUAAGCAUCAUUUUGUUCUAAGGCAAAAACCGCUAACACAAUAAUCAAAAGGAGCAUACAAUAGUGACAUCAUGUUUUGUUUUUUUUUAGUUUUUUUAAAAAUAAUAUUAAGGAGAUUAAGAAAAAAUUCAUUUAAAUCAGUAAAAACCAUUGUUGAAUGCUAGCUUUGCAGAUUACACAACAAAUGGAGUAACUCGCAUUUCUUUAGAUCAAAAGUAGUUGUUUUAGGGAAAAAGUCUCCAAUUUUUAAAUUUUUUUGUUUUGAUUUUAAUGUUUAUUGAAACUAAGGAUGGGAGUCGUUGAGGUUGAGUAAAUAAUUACUACUCCCUUCAUCCCAUUUAAAUUGUUAUAUUUUACAUUUGUAGAAAUUCCAAGAUAAUUCUUUUAUUUCUGAUUGUAAUUUGUAUAUAGAAUAAAAACAUCUAAUACUCCAAUAUACUUUGUGAAUUAUCAAAGCAACUUCAAAUUUCUACGAUAUCGUAUUCAAGAUAAAUUACUGCUCUUUUUGCUUCAAAAUAUAAUUUGUGAUUGUUUAUAAUUCAUAUAGGGAUUUGUUUUUUAUGUGAGUUCAGAAGUACUUUAAAACUUAGCAAGAAUUUUUAAGAGUUCACUGCCAUUGCUGUCCUAAUUUUUUUUUGCCGUUAUUCGCCUUUUUUCUUAGCUGGUAUAACCCAUAGAUAUAUAGGCAUAACUAAUAUAAAAUAUUUGAAUUACAAUCUUAAAAAUCCAAACAAAUAUUCCACACACGAACUAUAAUCACACUAUCUAUAAAGCCUAAAGUUAAGUCUUAAUAUCAAUGAAAAUAAUUUAACGCACUGUCUAAAAAAUUCCAAAUACAUAAAUAUUUUCAAGUACAACAAUAAAGUUAAAAAUCUAAAUGUCCACGCCGUUGAACUAUUAAAAUAAUCAAACUAAUCGACUCAGAAUUUGAGCUCUUGAAGUAUUGUAUUUUCACCCAUUUUUCGGAUCAAGCCUGGCGGAUAGUUCGCCAUGAACAGCUCUAGUUUUUCGGUAUAUUUUUUAAUUUUGUACAUUAUAUACGUUAUUAGAUCUUAAACUUUAGAUGGUUUGAGAAUGAAAACAAAUUCACAAAUUCUUGUGAGAAACAGUCUCUUUGAGAGACCAUUUCUAAUUAGAUUGGCCCAUUAUAUACUUUUUAAAAUAUUG